AUGAAUUACAAGUUUGUUUUUUUUCCUUUUUUUUUAUUCUCGUUCUAUUUUAUCAAAAAUGUCGAAGCGUACCUUCCUGGAAUGAAUCCGCGGGUGUACAAAGAAGGGGAUAAAGUUAUAAUUAGCGUGAAAAAUUUAUCAAGUCGAAGAGCCGUUACAAGUUUAGAUUAUUUUUCAUUUCCCCUUUGUUCAGCUGAUAACAUAAAUGGAGAUAAAUCUCCUAAUAUUUUCAAAAUAUUGUCAGGCGAUAAUUUACACAAUACAUCAAUAGAAACAACAUUUUUGAAAGAUAAGCAGUGUGCCUUUUACUGUAAAAUUUAUAUUGACGAUGAUGUUUAUAAUAAAUACAAACAUUUAAUUUUGUAUAAUUAUAAUAUGAUAUAUUCAGUAGAUAACUUGGAAAUAUUUAGAGAAGAUCCCAGGCGGAAGGGGUAUUAUUACACAGGCAUACCCAUAGGUUAUAUCAAAGAUAAGAGCUACCACCUGUACACACACUACAAAAUUACCAUACUGUAUAACAGCGAUGGGAAUCCUGACAAAAACUAUAUCGUAGGUUUUGAAGUAGAUUCUAGGAGUGUGGAUUUCUCAAUAAAUGAAGACUGCGUGAAUAACGAAAAUAACAUGGUUAUGGAUAUGGACAAAUACGUAACGUUCAAGUAUGAUAUAAAAUAUGUGAAGAGUAACAAAUCUGUGCGACAUAGAUCUGAGCAUUAUUACAGAAAUUUGAAUGAUCAGAGUAUGAUACAUUGGUUUUCAAUAAUAAAUAGUAUAAUAUUAGUAAUACUGUUGUCAUUUUUUAUAAGCACCUUAUUAAUAAAAACUUUACAUACAGAUAUAAAUAAAUAUAACAGAAUUAAUACAAAUAUAUUUGAAACGGAUGAUAUGGAUGAUAGAGGAUGGAAACUAGUACAUGGGGAUGUAUUUAGAAAACCAAGGAACUCAACUUUUUUUUCUGCAUUUGUAGGUGUAGGUAUUCAAAUAAUUUUUAUGAUUCUUGUUUGUUCAUUAAUAUUAUUAAUUGGAGUCUAUAAAUAUAAACAAAGAUAUAGAUAUAUACAAGUAAUGUUUUUUAUAUGGAUCUUUAUAAGUAGUAUAUCUGGUUAUUCUUCAUCAAGAUUAUAUAAAUUGUUCAAAAGCAAACAUGUAAAAUUAACAAUUUUCAGAACAUCCCUUAUUUAUCCUUUUAUUUUAUUUCUUAUCUUUUUUCUUAUUAAUCUUGUUUUACAUUAUGAACAUUCCAAUACUGCCAUAUCCUUUGCUUCUUUAACUUUUGUAUGCAUUUUAUGGUUUGGUAUAUCUGUUCCCCUUAUCUGUCUUGGGUCAUAUAUAGGAAACAAAAAAAAUCCAAUCGAAUUACCUGUACGUGUUAAUAAUAUUCCAAGACAUAUUCCCAAACAGCCAUAUUUAAAUUCUUUCUUCGCGUCAUCCUUCCUCGUCGGAUUAAUCCUCUUCGCAACGAUGUACACAGAGCUGUUUUUCUUGUUUACGUCCCUGUGGAAAAGCAACAUGUAUUACCUAUUUGGAUUUUUAUUUUUGGUAAUUUUCCUGCUGGGAUUGCUAAGUGCCCAGCUGUCAAUAGCCAUAACCUACUACACCCUGUCAUGCGAGGAUUACAACUGGUGGUGGAAAUCAUUUAUUGCUCCGGGAUCAUCUGGCAUUUUCCUCUUUUUAUAUUCGAUUUAUUAUUUCCUCUUUAAAUUAAAUAUAUCUACCUUUGCUGAAACCUUUAUCUACUUUGCCUAUUCCAUCAUUAUGUCUUAUACCUGUUUUAUUUACACCGGAACAGCAGGGUUUUUGGCGUCCUUCGUUUUUUUAAAAAAAAUAUAUUCAUCCAUAAAAGUUGACUAA